GACGCUCAGAGUGGGUCGCAUUGUUUGCUGAUAAAAGUAGGAAUAUGAGCAAUUUACUGGUUCUUUCUGUCUCAUGGUGAUCUAUUUUCAUUCUUCACGCGUUUUUUGGUAAGCAAAAGUGGGAUAUAUGGUAUUUAUGAAGCCAGCUUAGAUCACAGUAAGAAGUCAAACAGUGUUGUGGUGGCUAACGUUUACGUAGAAAACGUGGUCUGGACGGAGCUCCUCGAAUUUAAAAUCUGAGCAGUGCCAGCCGAGAGUGUUAUUGUGGAAGUAAGUCAGUAGUAACUCCAUUAUCCGUCUCCGAGAUUAUCCGCAGCCAGGGCUGAAUAACGAUAGGCUACCGUCAUAGGAAGAUUAGAUGUGUAAAAGCGAGGAAAGGGAGUGUACCACCACCACCACAACAACAAAACAUGGGCUAGUGGUGUCCUCGUAGGUAACAUUAAUCUGUAAUCCCAGUCUUGACCUUUCCACGCCUGCCUGUAUAACAGCCUGAGCAUGUUCAACUUAACGUGGUUACGUUUACUGCUUAUUUAGCUAAGACAGACGACUAGUUACAUCAACCCCUCAUCACCCGCACACUGGAGACCGCUAGCUUCAGAGUAAAGAUAACAGCGCUGCGGCUCUGAACUCUAAAUGGAGGUAUAACAUUAUUAUUUACUAUAAAACAAUACAACUAGGUUUUCUGUUGUUUUACAGUUUUUCUGUUCUUCCUCGCAGGUAACCAUGCAGCAGAUAAGGAUACUCUUCACAGCAAAGAUGUCAACAUGCAGCAUUUGAAAAGGUCAAACACAUUUCAGCUGACAUCUUGGACUCCCUGCAGUCAUCACAGAGAUGCUUUUUCCCCUGAGGACAACAAACAUCAUGUUUCUUCACAGAGGAACUAUCUGGAGUAACUAAUACAUACAGCAAAAGAGCAUUUAUGGAAAAAGCCACCACUUUCUGACUAUGUGAAUGGAGAAGUUGUGACUCAGUGGUGUGUGUCUGCUUCUAGACCUCUGCACUUUAGUAUGUAGGAGUGACUACCGGCCAAAUAAACCUCAUCACCAUCAAGUACCUGUGUUUGGGAUCUGUACAAGACAGCCAUAAGAAAGGAAGAGAAUAGACAGUGACACUUGGUGGUUUACAAGAUCAGACUCCAGAAGAUGCUUCAGACUGGUAACUACUCACUGGUGCUGCUGAUUCAGCUGACACUGUUGGCCUAUGACCUCUUUGUCAACUCCUUCAGUGAACUUCUGAGGGCAGCGCCCGUCAUCCAGCUAGUGCUUUUCAUAAUUCAGGACAUUGCCAUCUUAUUCAAUGUGAUCAUCAUCCUGCUAAUGAUGUUCAACACCUACGUGUUCCAAGUUGGCCUGGUGUCUCUGCUGCUGGAGAGAUUCAGAGCUCUGCUGAUAUUCUCCGCCCUUUACCUGACACUAAGCAUCUGCUUCCACUGCUGGGUGUUGAACCUUAGAUGGCUUGAAUCCAACCGUUUUGUUUGGACAGAUGGUCUUCAAGCUCUUUUUGUUUUCCAGAGAACAGCGGCAGUGUUAUAUUACUACUUAUACAAACGCACAGCCGAGUAUAUGGGAGACCCAAGGCUGUAUGAGGACUCUCUGUGGCUGCGUGAUGCCUUCGCCAGAGCUCGUCAGUGAAGAUGGGUCAGUUUGGAGAGAGACACUAUAACACUGAGCAUCAUCAUAAGCUAUUCUGAAUUUUGGACUAUUUUCUACGACUAUUUUUUUCCACAUGAGUUUGGAAAAUCACAUUGAAGAAGAGCAAUGGGUUGAUAUUGAACACUGAUGUAACUCACUGACAGGUAAAGAGGAUGAAAUGAAGUCUCAACCAUAGUUUUUGUUUACUGGCUGUUUGUAGCCAAGUGGUCAGCCGGUUAAAUGGUUUACAGUGGCAGGGAAGCGUGCAUGUAGUAUUGUAUUAAUCAGGAUUGAGUCUAUUAAUCUAUGUGGCCUUUGUAAAUCAAUUUGAGUUGUAGACAGAAUGCAGCACAUUGGAGGAUCAUCAAAAGUUUUGGAAAGCUCUGCUCAGGUAUUGCCUCCCAUGGCAUGUUUGUUUUUAAUCUACUUUAAUGUAUAAUAACCAGUAGAACUACAUGUAGUAAUAAUUUAGUUGGAAAAGUUAUUCCCCUGCAAAGGAUGAAACCGGUUGGUUUAUUUUGCCUUAUGUACGAUUAGUAUGCGCUGUUUACAUGAUUGAUAUUUUAAUAAGCCAAUUUUCAUGUGCUGUCUUUGAGUGGGGAUCUUUGAAUUGAGUUCCCGCUGUUUUUAUUAAACAAUCCUUCUGUAAUCCUGGUUUAAUCCUUCAUCACUAAGGUAAUCAGUAUUAUCCUGGAGACAAGGUGAAACAGACUGCUCUAUUUUUAACACAAAGAUU